CAACUUUCGUCAACUUUAGACGAUGGGACCCGUUUGGGAUGCUGGGGGAUCCCAACCCGGCCCCUUUCUAAUGCGCUCGAACUGCUCAGUCGUGCGCCUCCUGCGCUACAGUACUCUCUUGCACGCGUGGCAAUGAUGGAUCUCCGCCCACUUCGUUCGAACGCCUGGCGGAAAGCCGGCCUUGCGUUGGUCCUCUGGGACAUAAGUACGCCGCCCUUCGCUCACUGCAUGCUCCCCCUUCCACUUGGUAGUUGAGGCUGGAAACUUUGCCAGAACGUGGUUUGCAGCCGUCACUACAGCGUUCACGCCCUGUGUAUUUCUCGUUUCAGGCUCUCAUCGACUGUCCUUCUUCCUAAGCGUGUUUUCCCCCAACGAGUUUCCCUCUCCUCUCGGCUGUACUACUUUUGUGCUCGAUGGCGAAAGGUCGGAAGGGCUUCUUCGACCGAGCAGAACAACGGGGUUCGGAGUUGGACAAGACGGGGAUCGAUGGCAAACCUGUCCAUAAGUCUCUUGAAGAUGGAACAAAGAGACGAUACAAAGAUGCUACGAACAUAUGGGCUGACUAUUGUACCAAAAGCCACAAAGACCCCGUUAAAGAUGCUUACGAUCUGAAAACGCUCAAACACUUUACCAAGGGAAUCGUCUGGGGCCUCGAUGGCUGUGAGGGAGAAAAUGAUCUACCCUCGGCAAAAUCCGCCAGACAAGUGUGGAAAGACUUUACGGCCCAGUUCCGCCGACAGAAUGACCCCAUUCCUCGCAAUACGACGCUCUCUGUUACGAACUGGAUCAAAGAGCAAAUUAAAAAACGUGGUCUGCCUGCUUCGAAGCGCCCUCGCCGUUACGCGUCGGAUAACCACUUGGUUCAUCUAGGGACCCAGCUCUGGGAGCGCGAUUGGUUUGAAUAUAAGCGUCCUGGGAUCCGGGUAUCGACAUGGUCUGAGACUCUCGAUUACGGCUUUACCUCUGCACGGGUGGGGGAGUAUCUCGAGUCAACUGCCCGUGCCAAUUCCGGGCGUGGACUGUACCAUCGGGUGAGUGGUUCUGGAUCGCGUUUUGACAUCUCGUGCCCCGUCCCCUCUGGCAGGAUUUGCAAUAUCUUAACCAUGACACAUACUCAGGACAUUAUCUUCAUCGUCUUCCGGAACGAGCAUGGAAAGCCCGAGUUCGCUGCCCAGCUUACGCGGGACGCAAAGGGCAUGACGUGGACACCGGACAAAAGGCCAGAACAGGCGAUCCACGAAGGCUCGGAGCUACGACCUUUCCUCUUGAACCCAAUUCUCCCCAAACUGGCAAUGUGUCUGGCGCGAGGUGCCUUUCGAGACUAUAAAACGAUAGACGACGUCUUCAAUAUUCCGGCACCACCCGAAAAGGAAGCCUAUCAACUUUUCUGGGAACCCAGCAUUUGCGACUGUCCUUUCUAUGAAGGCGCUACAACCGAGAUUGAGAAGGCAAACUCGUAUAGCACGCGACUGAACGAUUUAGGUCGUCGUGCGGACUAUGUAAAGCCGCCCACGAUCCAUGACUUUCGAGCUGAAGGGCUUCAUCUCAUCGAUUCGCUUUAUUCAACAGCACAGAGAAUGGGCCACGGUGGCCAAUGGAACGAACGCACUCACCGCCAGCACUAUCAGCCUAAUAACCCCGGCACCGAUGGCCAAGAUGCGUAUCUCAGAGGGAAGAUUCGGACCAUUGUAGCUGACCUCUUUCGUGGUAUGACGGUAGCUCGCAACCCUAAUCUCUUUCACUGUCUACCGGCGGAGAAGAAGGCGGAGUUGGAAGCGAGCCCCGAAUUUACCUCGAUGGACAGCGAACUCAAACUCCUGAAAACGCAGCCUCCGUCACAGGACCGCGACCGGCGCCGCCGUGAGAUCUACAGGGACAGGCAGAAAAUGAGAAAAAAGGGACUUCGUCACGCGCAGAAGGCUCAACCAUGUGAACGACCCUGGGAAGCCAGGGCUGAAAUCCGAUCCAUCGGGGGCUACCGCUCCCGCUUCCAGCGUAUCCGCCACCUGAUGCCCGAACGAAACCGCUUGGCGAAGAGCAUGUUCGAGGUUGGUUGUCUGAGAAGCUCCGAAGGCCGUCAGGUCCUUCAAGACAUGAUCGCCCUCUACAAACAGGAGAAGGAGGUGACCGUCAGACUGGGGUUGGAGCCGGACAAGUGUCAUUGCCACCCAACUGAGCUGAGCGUGGAGCCAGCUAAGUCUGUCACCUCCAAGAAACCUGGCCCGCACAAGGGGUUUCGACGUUGGCCAAGUAAAGCUGGCUUGGGGGUGGCUUUGUCUUCUACUCCAAAUUCGACCACACCGAGCUGGAAGCACAUCUAUACGUGUCACAAGCAAUACCUUUCGGAAACGAACGGCUUUGCCGAGUUGUGCUCUCUCUGCAACCGCUGGAUCGUCGGAUUGGAUGCAUGGGAACAGCAUUGUCAAAGCCACCUCGUCGCGCCUCAGACAAUCCCCAUCCAAUGUGACCCGCUCAUUUAUGGCGGUACCCUGGGCGCUUUCGGUUAUUGCCCGAUCUGCCUAGGCAACACGGAGCUGUUGGCGAGAGAUCGAAUGCAACAAUUUACAAGACUGGAUUAUUGGAUGUCUCAUGUGACCAAAUGCACCGAAGAGCUGGAUCGGAGAAGCGCAGCAGGUUGCUCAAUUCCUUGGUGUGAUAUCCCAUGCGAGAAUGCAUUGAGUCGGCGAUAUCACCUCCAGGAUGUCCACUGCGCACAGUUCAACAAGGGGCUCAAGCGAUCGGCUCAGGAUGUGACAGCAGAAGAUGUCGACGAAAUACCUUCUUCUAAACGCGGCCGUAAGACUCUCAAUAACAAACUCACCACUGGCCCUGUCGACUCUUCGAUCUCUACCGAGAAAUAUCAAUUUAUCGAUGAGACACCAGAAACAACCAAUCCGCCAAACUCGACUGCAGUCCAAUCGCGCGCAAUAGGAAAGCUACGAAAGAAGCAGAGCUCUGCUAAGCAGCCCAAUUCCCUCGUUCCCACUGUGGUCUCUCCGCCGCCCCUUGCCAACUGUCCGACAGAUGUCAAAGCUGGUAUUGCGCUGCCAAUGAUGUCAAAUAAGAUCUUUUCCGAGGUCGUUGCAACUCCUGUGGAGUCAGCUCCCAUCAAGCCGGUAAGACCCGUGUCCAGCUCGCCGACCCUCCCGCAUUCAAAGGACACCGAAGUCACUCGAGAUUCCUCUGAAGAGUUUGACGCAGUUACGCUGCGAACACUCAUAUCGCCCAGGAUUGAGAGUUGGACACCACACUCUGACCUUUGCACUGGAAUGGCUCAAGAAUUCUCGGGCGACCCUUCUCUAGAGACCCGCUCUGCAAUAAGCCAGUGGCUAGACCGCAGGCCAAGAAAUCUUCCGCCCAUCGGAGCAAACAGAGAAGACGACCGGACAGCAAGGGAUGCUCUGGCGCUCACUGGCGAUGGCGAUAAAUCUGCCGACCUCGAUUCUGAUUUAUUCCCAUACUGUUGCACAACCCCCAAUGACGCGAUCGGCUCCCUCGAGCCGGACGACGUCGAUAUCGACGCCGUUUUCAAUCAGUAUUUAUGCUCGCCUUCACCCUCACCCCCGCCCACUUCUUCACCGGACGACAUGACCAGCGAAUUGAGCGGAGCAACGUUGUGCGAUGCCAGACGUGAUCCGUCCCGUAGUUACUCGGAGUUAUAUACGAGGACAUCGAAGAGCCCGGCUCCGGAAAUGUCGCCAGAGAGUGAGAUAGCUCGAGAUCGAGACGACCCUUGCCACUCGGCGAAUCGGACCUGCAUCCAUCUGCGAGUCGGCCAGCCUAAAAUUACACUUCGCCUUCGACUCCAGGGCAGAUGCCAACCAAGAAAGAAGAAGAGUAAGGGACGAUCAGGGAAAGAGGGGGGCAAUCCAGGGACUGAGAGAGAAGGGGAGAAAAGGAAGGGGAGGCAGACCCGUCAGAUCUGCCGGUAAGAGGAAUGUUCAUGGCGGGUAAGAUCAUCCGCUGUCGGUGUGGUAUGGGACCAAACCAGGACGCUGAUCAUGUCAUGAAUGGCGGGUUUUGGAAGGUCUGCUGUGGCCCUACCGCAUACAGUAUACAGUGGUUCCCGAAACCGCCCUCCCUUUUGCUAACACAUUGCAACUCUCUCCCCCCCAAAAGCUGAGGAUAGAGCUGGGUCACGCUUUCCCAAUCUGACAUAGUUCGACUACCUAACUACGAAUCAUCAACGAGUGGAUUUUACUAUGGUAUUUCCAAUACCGUACGGUCCUGGUAAUAAAUUAAUAGCAUAAGGUGUAGGUUUCGCAGCACUAAAGCGCAAAACCCUUAGUCACCUAUGAGUGACCUUGAACGAGUUUUGCCGCGGCGUUGAGAUCUCUGAGUGUCAUCUGUUCGAGUUUGAUUAUGAGGACGGGUAUCCCCUUGGUUGGGUUUAGACCAGCCUUGCAGGCAGGACAGACAACGGGUUAGGCGAGUUUGAAU